AGAGGAGCGAACCCAUGAAAGGAAGGGCCCCGUUGCCCACAGCAUCAAAAUGGCGGCCACCGACACGGAAAGCAUUCACGACAAUAUGACAAGACUUCGAAUGCGAAUGAUUCAACAGAAAAUUGCAAAUGAAAGGGAAAAAUUACAAAGGCCGGAAACUUCAUCUAGUGAGGGUGGAGACGGACACUUAAAGAUUCAGCAGGCUAUGCUGAGAAGACAAGACCUUAUAGACAAAAUAAGAAGAGAACACCUCCAGAGACCUCGAACACACAGCCCCCGUAGACGUUUUACCCCCAGCCCCUGCCCUCCCCUGUCAAGACGGUCAUUACCAGAUUUAAAUAAAACAUACCAGUUCAACUGGUACAACCAAAGACCAGUUGACGGCUUCUCAAACGUGCCGUGCUUGCCUCCAAUAGACACUCGACCCGGAAGUCACUGUAUCUCGUAUGAUCCAGGUGGGCCCCCUCCUGAUGGUGGUCAUAAAGAUAUGGCAAAUAUAAAACAUGUAAUAGAACACCAGAUCCGGCAGCAACCUGCGCCUGUUCAACAGCAGGUUGUCCAGCCAGUUGUCCAGCCCGUUGUCCAGCCUUGUGUCCAGCCUUGUGUCCAGCCAGUUGUCCAGCAGUACCAGUUACCUCCUGUCCAGCACGUGCAACACAUCCAGCACAUCCAGCCCGCACCCACCACACACAUCAUGCCACAGGUCACCACGAUACAGGCAGCACAGCCCUGCAUGCAGGCCAUGCCGACUAUUGGCAUCAUCAGUGAAAAACAGGACAAAGGAUUCAACAAGGGAGAUUUCAUGGACAUGAUGAUGUUUGAGAAUGUGCAGAUGCAUCAUAUGGUGAUGCAACAGAUGAUGCUACAAAACUUCGCUCCUAAAGUAGCCAUAGCCCAGGCCCCUGCACAAACUACUGUCAUGCCAGCCGCGAGACCAGUUUAUCACCAUCACUUUCAGGCCGUGUCAGCACCAGCGCCACCUAUACACCACUACCAGUCUCUUCCCCCGAUGGAGGGGGGCUUCUCGGUUUCUGCCAGAGGGUACAGAAGUAGAGGCGCUACGUUUGGUGGGAGAGGUGAGUUUGGCAUGAGCAAUGUCAUGUUUCCCUCUUUUAAAGGAAGAAAUCAUUUCGGGAGAGUUUUACCGACAAAUACGAGAGUAGAUGGACCUGUAGCAAAUGUGAGGAGAACAGACUUGGUGAGAAAAACUUACCCUUUCCAAGAUUCAAAGGGACUCGUUCGUUUUCGUCAGUUUGCUUACGCUGCUUGGUUUAUUGCUAUUCUUAGAGCUGCUGUCCGUAAGGGGAAAGGAAACAGACCGAGCAGUGCUUUCCUGUUUGGAAUUAUUCUCAAGGAAAUUGUCGCAGCACUCCAAAGACUCUACCUAAAUCCGAAUGGAAACAUCUACCCCGUGAUGAAUGACAUCAUUGGACCUCAGGCCUACGAUUUGUCAGUGCUCGUGACGGGAGAGCGGGGAGCUGAGCCGCUACAGAGAGACCGGAAAGGAUUGAUACAGAUCCUUGCAUAUGUGAUGGAGAACCUCAUUUACCACAUCACAGAAAUCAUGCCUAAAACUGGAGUUUUAGGAACUCAUCGUAAAUCUGCAGUCUUUGAGCUCAUCAAAACAGACCGGCGCUUUCCAGACGGAUAUUUCUGGCAAGUCGAAUUGGACCGACUGCAGUUUAACGAGAGAGGACGGACAAUCAACAUCGGCAAUAACGAGGCAUUCUUCCUUAUUGUUGGCAUCGUCCUGUCGAGAAGUUUAAUCACCACGUUGUUCCUGAAACCAAUAGAUUACGGCUUAUCGACAGAACCACUGACCGAUGUGAACUAUCGUAACUUGAAAGUUAUAUCUUCAUGUCUUCUGUUUUUAAUCCGUCGAGUAUCAGUUCCAAAGGGUCACCCAAUAAUGCCGAUGCCAGGUGAAAUAGCUAAACAUGUCUACAAAGAUGAGGAAAUGAAAAAUGUUUAUAUCGAUCUGAGGAAGUCAUACGAAUACUGCGAGAACUUGUUACGAGAAUGGGGAGCAGAAUAUGUGAAAAGACUUCGAUUAGCUGCCGAUUCAACAACCGCCCCGCAACCACCCUUGAAACCAGAACGAUAGUACACAAGUGUUUCUGAGACUACGAUGAGCUGCUGAUUCUACAACCGUCCCACAACCACCCUUAACAAAACCAGAACGAUAGUACACAAGUGUUUCUAAGACUACGAUUAGCUGCUGAUUCUACAACCGCCCCGCAACCACCCAUAACAAAACCAGAAUGAUAGUACAGUGUCACUGAGACAGAUGGAUCCAUGUGCUUUUCUGUGUUGAGGAAAAUUAAAGCAUUGUGCUACAAAUUAUGUGUGACAUACAAAUAGACAUGAAAACAGACAGACAGACAUAGCGACAAACAGACAGACAGACAUAGCGACAAAUAGUAAGACAGACAGACAUAGCGACAAAAAGACAGACAGACAAAGCGACAGACACACAGAGAGACAGACAUAGCGACAAAAAGACAGACAGACAUAGUGACAGACAGAUACACAGACAGAUAGGUACAUGUUUUUUCUGUGUUGAGGAAAAGUAAAGCUUUUGUAAUGAAUUAUGUUUGACAAAACAAACACAAGACAGACAAACACAUAUACAGACAGACAGACAGGUCCAUGUUGUUUUUCUAUCUUGGGGACAAGUAAAACUUGUGUGAUGAAUUAUGACACACACAGACAGACAGACAGACAGACAGACAGAUGAGUCUACAUGUAUAUUUAGAGCCAUUUAAGCAUGUGCGAUGAAUAUAUAUGUCAGACAGACAGACUGACAGACAGAGACAGACAGUCAUAUGAGUAUGUUUGAAACAACUUAAGCAUGUGCAUUGAAUUGUGUGUGACAGACAGAGACAGACAGACAGACAGACAAACAGACAAGUCUAUGUUCUGGACAACUUCAGCAUGUAUGAUCAGUUAUGUCACAAACAUAUAUAAGGCUGAAUUUACAAAGCCUGUUUUUCUUAAAUGCAUGUGUUUAAUCAUUGUAAAUGUAUGUAGUUACAUGUGUGUGUAAGACGUAAACAGGCUUGGUAAAUUCGACCCCUAAUGUUGAAGUGUUUGUUUAAAAGUAGGAAGUCCACUAUAAACAUCACUGCGGUACACCUGAUUAAAACUUAGUUUCUUGCUUGAAUAAUUAUUUCUGUACAUGAUGUUAUUAGGGUUUUUUUGUAAGUGUCUUUUAGAAAGAAACUUAGCAAAUUGUCACCAUUUAUCAUUUCACACUCAUUUCAACUUAUUUUCGUGCUUAUGUCCAAUUAAUGUUCAAGCACGCUGUCCUGGGCACACACCAGUUAUUUGGGAUGUCUGUCCUGGACAGUGGAUUAGUGUUUAGAGAGAGA